AUGAACUUCUUCUGGUUGUUCGGGCUACUUUUCCUACAAAGUAUUAUAAAUAUUGAUUGCAGUCAUGACGAAUUUGUAACAAUUUGGGCACCGCAAAAGUUUUAUGAUGAAAAAGACUACAAUGUCGUCCUCCUUUCAAAUAAUAUCGACAAAAGAACUGAAAUUGCACUUCAAUUUCGAAAAAGUUAUGGAACUGUUGCUUUAGCAUCGGAUAAAGUUCAGAAAAUAUCUGUAAAAAAUCCUGAUAAAAGUGGAUCGAAGACAAAAUUCGAGUUGUUCAUGACACUGCAUCGAAAUGAGACGGGAGCGACUGGACAACGACAAAUGUGCAUGACACAAACAUUGCAGGAGAUUGAGGCUGAAAAGAGGCAAUAUUACACAUUUAUUCAGACUGACAAGCCAAUCUACAAACCUGGAGAUACAGUCAGGUUUAGAGUUAUCGUUGUUGAUCGAGAUUUGAGGCCAUAUCACAUGAACAACAUUAACAUCAAUGUGACUGACUCACUGAACCGUCCGUUAAAAGAGUUUAAUGAUCUUGAAGACGAUUUCUUGGGUGUCUUUACACAUAACUUUAGUUUGAGUCAAAACACGCCUUUGGGUAUCUGGAAGAUUCGAGCAGUUAUCGAUAAAAUUGAACAGUGGGAGACUUCGAAGGAGUUUGCAGUCUCAAAGUACACUUUGCCACCAUUUGCUGCCUACAUAAGCCUUAAAGACAAACAUUUGCUGACCAACUCAGUGCUGCGGCUUUCAUUUUACGCUAAAUAUUCAUUUGAUGAUUUUGUCCGUGGAAAUGCACAGUUGACAAUUAAAUGCACAACAAAUGGUCAAACUGUUGUGUCAAAGCCAUUCAGUGACAUCGCUGGCAUCCAUAAUGUCAAAUAUAAUGCACAUACAGACCUCAAAGCCAUAACAACAACCAAACUUGACUAUGAAGCCACGAUCGUCUUUACAGACCCAGAAAGUGGAAUCAGUGCCAAUAAAUCCAUCAAGUUUACAGUUCAUGCAGACAAUAGUCCAAAGAUACAAACUAAUCAUCCAGAUAAAUUCAUGCCUGGACUUCCGUUCGGAUUUAAAGUAUUUGUUUACGAUUGGACAGGCAAAUUGAUUCAAAGCACACCAGAAAGAGUCAAAAUAAGCUUGUCAUGUAGUCAUCAGAAUGGACAGCACGAAACACUUUUAUUGGAUGGUGUGAUAAAAAGAGGUGUGGCUAUAGUUAAUACCUUGAUUUCAGAGACUGUAGAUAGAUUGUCAGUUACAAUUAGAUACAUUGGAGCUACUUAUGAGAAACAGAUUCCAAAAGGUGCUGUGGUUGUUGGUGUCAAUAAGAUUGUUGUGGAUUAUUUGCCAAAACUACCAAAUCAUGGUGAUGUUGUGACUAUCCACGUCCGAGCAGACUCAGAAAUUGAUCAACUUAUUGGAAUCGUAAUGUCAAGGCAUGGAAACAUUGAAAGUCAUCAAGUCUAUUGUAAAUUUCAAGUAAACUGCAAAUUCAACUUUACAAUAAAGAAGGACAUGAUGCCUGAAGCUAAGGUUGUCGUUUAUUAUGUGAAAGAUAGACUAAGCAUCUCACAAGGCGAGGUUACUGUCACUACUACAGAGCUUGGAAGAAAUACACUCGACAUCGACAUGCCAAAAUCAGUUCAAACAAGAAACAAAGUUCCGAUGAAAAUCACAACCAAACCAGACUCAACUGUCUACUUGCUCGGAUAUGAUGAACGUUUAAGCUAUUUAUUCCAAGGAAAUGAAGUGAAAAAGGACGAUGUCGUGAAGGAACUAGCCAAUUAUAAUGGAAGUAACAAAAUUACUGUAUUUCACAUCAGUAAGACAAAUUGGCAUCAAUGCACACCAGAAGAACUACGCAGAAUCGAAAAAGGAAGAGUAUUCGUUGUUCAGCACAGCGGUGACGAGUUUUCAGCACAUCAGGAUGAGAAUGUGUUUGAAGACAUUUAUGAUCUUGAAUCUGUACGUAAUCCUGAUACAGAAACUGAGCCUGCUGCAAGUGAUGUCCGUGAAGAUUUUCGGGAAGUCUUUAUAUUCGAUGAGUUUGAAGUUCCUGACGGCAGCAUGAUUAAAAAUUAUUAUGCACCAGAUUCAAUCACAUCAUGGCUGAUCUCAUCGUUCUCAAUGAAUGAAGAGCAUGGACUAGCCAUUGGACCACCAAAGAAGCUGAUCGUUAAGAAUGAAUUCUUCACUAAAUUGGUCUUGCCUUAUUCAAUCAGGUUCAAAGAGAAGCUUCGAGUUGAUGUCAUGGUCUACAAUUAUGUCGAGAACAAAGAAGCACUGGAUGUGACUGUCAACAUGUACGACCACGAUAAUAAGAAAAGCUUUAGAUUCUUCGAGUCUGCAUGCAGCACAACAGCAAGCACAGCUACAACGAUGACAAAAACUGUUAGUGUUCCACAUGACAAUGCUAAGAAGGUUUCAUUCUACAUUCAAUCUGGUGCAGAAAGGACAAAGUUUGAGCAAGAGAUCAGAAUCAGAGUGGAUGCGACUGCAACAUCCAGACAUGGAACUAAAUACAUCGACAAAAUGGUUAAGAGACUUAAAGUUGAGCCAAUUGGAGUCAAAGUUUACGACAUUCAAACUAAAAAUUACAAUCUUAAGCCAUCGCAAGCUACAAAGAUAGAUUCUGUCAAAAAGAAUGUCACAAAUGAUGACGAAUAUCCAAAAUUCAUUGUUGAAAUUGCUGGAGAUUACAUGACCGAUGACAUGGCUAAAGUCAAUCUUGGAUAUGAGAUCUACCCAGGACACUGUCUUGAACAAAGAACAUCUCGAAUCAAAGGAAACGUUGAGCACUUCCGAUACUUAAAGGCUAAGAAUGCAAAUCCAUCGACGACUCACUUUAGUUCUUAUUAUCAAUCAACACUACAGCAAAGAGUUAGGAAUUGGAACUACGCAACAUCAUCAGGCUUCCGUGCAUACUUUAUUGAAGCCAUUGCAUCAGCUAUGGAAAUUGGAGCACUUCCAAGUAAUACUCCAAUUAUCGAGAAAGAACUGAAUUUACUGCAAAAUCAGCAAACAGCAAGUGGAUAUUUUAAUAAUUUCGGAAGCAUCCCAAGCAGCCGUAACUCAUACUUCCAGACUGCCUACAUUUUAAUUCCAUUCUUGAAGUUCCGAAGAUUUGUUAAUAAAAACUACGAGUCCGUCAUCAACAGAGGCUUUAGUUACCUUAAUGGCAUCACCAGUAGCUCUACUUCAGACAGAGAAGCAUAUUCAAUAGCUGCAUAUGCUUACGCACUUAAUGGGAACCACGCAAUGGCUAAACAAUUGCUAGCUGAAGCUGAAAAAUAUUAUAAAAAAUUGACUGAACAUAAAAAAUGUUUAACAAACUCUUUGACUGACAACAACUGCAACAUUCGACACACAUCAUAUGCUGUGAUUGCUUAUGUGACUAUGAGCAUGUAUGAUGAUGCUAAGUCACUGUGCAUUUGGAUCAUUGACUCGUAUAAAUCAAAUAAGUUUUAUUCAAAUACUUACUCGUAUGCUGUAUCUACGGAAGCUAUCUCCAAGUUCUUAAUUUCCAGGCAAGUCACACAAGCUACAGACUUUACAGUCACAUUAACAAAUGAUAAGGAUUUCCAUAAAGUUGUGCGCGUAACGAAUGCAAAUCAAAAGAAUGAAAUUGAGGUGAUUUAUCCUGACUACUCAUUAGAGGCUCGAAUGUCAAUUCAAGGAAGUGGAUUUUGUUCAAUCACUAAGAUUAUGGAAAGUACUGUUGCCCUUCAGCACACGAGCUCUAAAUUAAUAUUGUCAGUCACUCCACAAACUGGAUCAAGACCAAAUGAGAAAAUUGUUAAAAUUUGUGCAACUUAUCAGCCACUCGAGGAUGAAGUCAGCUUGCAGACGCUGUUCAAUGUCAUUUAUGAUGUCGAAAUGCCGAGUGGAUAUACAUUUAAGGAAAUCGUCAAUUUGUCAAGCAGGCCUGAAAUUAAGCUUGCAGCACCAAGACUAGGAAGAACACGGGUUCAAAUUUACUACAAUGACUUUGACCGAGGCAAAAAUUAUUGUGCUGAUGUCGUAGCUGCAAAGUUCUUUGAAGUAAAAGAUGUGCAGAAUGCUGGCGUGAUGGUUUAUGACUAUAAUGAUAAACAAAACAUUGCCAUCGAUUUCUACACAUUUAGUAAUUCUUGUUAA